AUGGAUGGACGAACAGAGAAACAGGAGUCAGGGGAUGCUCCUGUCAUCAUCGUUGAGAACGAAGCUGAGAGCAUGCCAGUACAAGAGGAAAAGUCAGGUGCAACCGGACAGAAUUACCUGGACACUUGCCCCUUUUGCCAUUUAAACUUUCACAGUCGAGAGCCCAAACUUCUGCCGUGCCUGCACUCUUUUUGCAAGAAAUGUUUGCCUUCACCCUCCAGGAAUCUGACCUUGAUGGAGGCGCCAAACUCCCUGGUUGACAGCGCGACCAAACCACUGAAUGUGAUCCGCUGUCCAGUCUGCAGGCAGGAGUGUAUGGAGAUAGAUGUGGUGGAAAACGUGUUUGUGAAGGACUCAGCAGAGGCUCCCAGCAGCACAGUGGAGAGGACAGUCCAGCUCUGCAUGACUUGUGAUGACAACACCGAAGCUUCCGGGUUUUGUGUGGACUGUGUUGAGUACCUCUGUGCCACAUGUGUGGAGGCGCAUCAAAGGGUCAAAUUCACCAAGGACCACACCAUCAGACAGAAGACAGAAGUAUCACAAGAGGUCCAUGGUGUGUCGACUCAGAGGCCGAUGUUCUGCGACAUCCACAAACAAGAGCCACUGAAGCUGUUCUGUGAGACCUGUGACCAGCUGACCUGUCGCGACUGCCAGCUAGUAAAGCACAAGGACCACAAUUACCAGUUCCUUGAAGAUGCUUAUAAAAACCACAAGCAGCACAUGGAGAGUAUGACCCAUCAGCUGCAGGAGAAGAAGAAACUGAUUGAAGAGGUGUCAAACUCCAUAAACAAUGGACUGUUUCAGGUUGAUCAAAAUCGUGCGUCUGUUCAUAAUGAAAUAAAGAAGUCCAUCUGCAGUUUGAUUCUGGAGAUAAACAAAAAGGGCAAGAUGCUGAUUAAUCAACUUGAGGCUGCAACAAAGGAUCAUGAGACCGUCUUGCGAAAGCAACAGGAGGACAUCGGCUAUCUAUCCAGACACCUGGAUCAUGUCAUCAACUUCACCAAAUGGGCCACAGCCAAGAACGGGGGCACGGCCCUCUUGUACUGUAAACGUCUGAUUCUGUUUCAGAUUGGAAACCUCCUGCGGGCAAAAUGCAGUACCUCGUUUAUACCACAGAGCAGUGUACGCUUCCAAUGUCGAUCCUCUUAUUGGGCCACGAAUAUUGAUCUGGGCUCUUUAGUGGUGGAGAGUGUACCAGGCCACCAGCUGGUUGGUUUUCAGGGUAUCCCUCAUCAGCUGCCCCACCCUGGGCAAGGACCCUCAGGCUCACCCAACAGCUUUGCCAUGGGAGCUUCCCAUAAUACUCUGGCUCAGCUCCAGAUGCAGGUGGACAAGCUAAACCCGCAGGCCCACUGGCAGCCGCAGCCACCUCCUCCACCGUGGACAUGGUACCAGAGUGUCCGACUACAGCGAACUGUCCCAGGGCCCCUGCAGGGAGGCUCUCCCUCCCACAGUAUGCCCCCACAACCAGGCCGUAGAUUCAUUGUGCCUCCUCCCAACCACAUCAGCCCAACUAGCACCUUACCCAGCCCUGGGUUUACGCCCCAGUCUCUGAGGGGGAUGGAAAGCAGCUCCAACUACCAAGCCAAGCCUAUGGACAUAUUUUCCUCUUCACCUCUGUACACUAAUAUUACGCCACUGUCCAUAAAUGGUGGCGUGAGUUCAUCCCAGUCACGACAGACAAUUGAGCACACGUAUCUGAACAGGAGGAACGAUUCAGCCGGUCCGAUAUAUAUGCUGAAACCAAACUAUCCCCAGAGUCUGCCACCUUCUUUGCCACACAGAAAUGAGCAAGGACAGGAGAUUUCACCAGGGUACGCUGCUGUAUCCCAAGUGGAGAAACCAGGGACGGUUUCCUGGAAACCCCCAGAAACACAACAGACCAGUGGAGCAGUGGGCUCAGCUGUGAAGAGAAGACGAAGGUCGUCACCAGGGCCCAUCAUUGUCAUCAAAGAUGAGCCAGAAGAUGACAGCAGCUAUGUACAAAACAACCAAAGAGCCAGCCUUCCUGACAGCACAGGUGAACACCCGCAAAUCAGUGCCCAAGGAGAAGAGCAGGUAGAACAAACUCAAGCUCGGCUGGGAGACUCUGAUGAGGUCUCGUGUGCUGUGUGUCAGAGUGGAGGAGAGCUGCUGUGCUGCGAUAAGUGUCCCAAAGUUUUUCACCUUACGUGCCAUGUUCCAUCUCUCCUAAAAUCUCCCAGUCGGGAGUGGUUUUGCUCUUUCUGCCGUGACCUGUUCGUGCCUGAGAUGGAGUAUGACUGUGACAGCAAACCUGAGGCCAAAACAGUGAAGAAGGAGCCAGACUCUGAAGGAGGAUUUCCCUCUGUGGACAAACGAAAGUGUGAGAGGCUGUUGCUGCACUUGUUUUGCAGUGACCUGAGUUCAAACUUUCAAGAGCCCAUAUCCCCCGCGGUAUGUGCUAAUAACUGGCCGACUAUAAAGAGGCCGAUGAAUCUUUCAACUGUGAAAAAACGACUGGAGGCUAAGCAGAGUCUGUGCUACCAAGGCACUGCAGAGUUUGUAUCAGACAUCAGGCUCCUCUACGGGAACUGUGCAGCUCUCAGUGAGACUGUCACAGAGGUCACCGUGGCAGGCAGGAAGCUCAUGGAGCUGUUUGAAGAACACCUGAGGAUCAUCUUUUCUGACCAAACCUUCCCAGAAAUCAAAGUGGAGAUGAUACCCACUGCCCCGCCUUACUCUCAAGUCUCGUCUCUUGACAAUAUCCCCCAGCCAGCAAAGCGCCAGCGCACAUGUUCAGACUCCCAGGAUGCACCAAGCUGUCCCAAUGGAGAAGAGGCAGUAGUGUGA